UCGGUUUCAUUCAUGUGGAUGUCGUGUGGCUUUUGAGUAGACUAAAAUUGAUUAAUUAUUUAGAAAGAAACACGAUCCAAUUUUAGCGAUUUUACUCUAGUAUUAUUGUAUUAAAAAUGAGCGUGGAAGAAGAAGUGAUGAGAAUACAAAAAAAACUAAGUAAAAUGACUUCAGAAGAUGGAAGUGGCCAAGAACAAGCGCUUGAUCUGCUAAAAGAACUGCAAAAUUUAAACAUAAACCUUGAAGUUUUGACAAAAACACGUAUAGGAAUGACUGUAAAUGCCCUACGCAAGUCUAGCAAAGAUGAAGAAGUUAUAAGCUUAUCAAAAUUGUUAAUUAAGAAUUGGAAGAAAUUUUUAUCUGAUUCAAAUGAUGGAAAUAAGAAAUCUUCCUCCAGUUCUUCUGAAGCAAAACCUAAAAAGGAGAAGGAAGAAAAACCCAAAAGAGAUGACCGAGAAAAAGAUAAAGAAAAGAAAUUGCCAAGUCAGUUUCCUCCCACAUCAAAUACUACUGAUUCAGUAAGGUUGAAGUGUAGAGAGAUGCUUGCAGCAGCAAUUAAAACUGAUUCCAAGCCGGAUGAUUUUGAUGGUUGUGCAUCGGCAGAAGAACUGGCUGAUGAACUAGAAGAAGCAAUUUUCAGUGAAUUUAAGAACACAGAUAUGAGAUAUAAGAACAGGGUACGAUCAAGGAUUGCCAACCUGAAAGAUCCAAAAAAUCCCACUUUGAGGACUAAUUUCCGAAUUGGCGCUAUUUCAGCUUCAAGAUUAGCCACUAUGACAGCUGAAGAGAUGGCCAAUGACGAAGUGAAACAGCUCAGAGAUCGAUUCAACAAGGAAGCUAUCAAUGAUGCACAACUAGCAACUGCUCAAGGUACGAAAACUGACAUGCUUAAAUGCGGGAAGUGUAAGAAGAGGAAUUGUACUUAUAACCAGUUACAAACCAGGUCAUCUGACGAACCUAUGACCACAUUUGUGUUGUGUAACGAAUGUGGAAACAGGUGGAAAUUUUGUUGAAGAUUGCUUUCGUGUAGUUUUACAUGAUGGUUCACUCUUGGUCUUAUUCCUGACCUUUGUGUUGCAUGGAAUUAGUGUACUUUUUUUUCAAUUGCAAAGUGCAUUUUAAUGAUUCUAUGAGGUUUAAGAUCAAGCAGGACAAGGUUUCCAAUGGAAAAUAGCCAAUGGCCCUGUCAAAAACAAUUUGAAGUUCACUAAGUUAUUUUAUUAUUUCUAAUUGUAUUUGAACUGAAUAAAAUUCAAUCUAUCUUUGUGGGCUCAUUCCUGUACAACAAUCACA